AUGGCUCAACACAGGCGCAACACGGCCGUUGCCGCCAGCACCCUCUACUUCCUCUCGAUCCCCUUCCUAAUCCUCGUCAUUAUCGGCAACACGCACAUCAACUCGACCCUCAACGACAUCUACUUCUUCCAGCUCGACGUGUCGCAAGUCAUCCCCAUCUCGGUCGAAAACUCAAACCUACUCAACUCUGUCGCCCGAAGUCUCGGUCUCCAUGACUUUUACCAGGUUGGACUGUGGAACUUUUGCGAGGGGUACCUUGACGAAGGCGUUACCUUUUGCUCCGAGCCUAAGCAAUUCUACUGGUUCAACCCCGUCGAGAUCAUGGUCAGCGAACUCCUGGCCGGCGCCCAGAUCGCCCUCCCCUCUCAGGCCGUCACCGUCCUCAACCUCCUCAAGAUGGGCUCCAAGAUCAUGUACGCCUUCUUCAUGGGAGGCAUCAGCGUCAACUUCGUCCUCAUCUUCGCCAGCCUUCUCGUCAUCCGAACCCGCUGGUGGAGUCUGCUUCUAACCCUCCUCGCCGCCAUCGCCUCCAUCUUUGUCUCUGUCGCCGCCAUCAUCGCGACCGUCAUCAGCAUCGCCGCCAAGGUCGCCCUGACGGCCCAGGACCAACUCAACAUCCGCGCCAACAUUGGAGUCAAGAUGUUUGCCUUCAUGUGGAUCGCCGCCAUCUUUACCGACGUGGCCUUUUUGCUCCACGCCGCCCUGGGAUGCUGCUGCAAGCCGGACCGAAGACAGGCCUCCACGGAGAGUCCACGCCCGAUGCAGGAGAACAGGCAGAGGAUGUCACUCCCCAACUUUGUCCGUCAGCGAAGGAGUCACCAGGCGUCGUCCUAG